AAGAGAACUAGACCCAACAUAUUGAUCACAGGAACACCAGGCACGGGCAAGACAAGUCUUUCAGCAGAGUUGUCAUCGACUCAUGGAAUGAAACAUGUGGAUAUAUCGGCAUUGGUAAAGGAGAAGGAUUUACAUGAUGGUUGGGACGAAGAGUUCCAAUGUUACAUCCUGGACGAGGAUAAAGUAUGCGAUGAACUCGAAGAUGUUAUGGCACCAGGUGGUGUAAUUGUCGAUCAUCACGGUUGUGAAUGGUUCCCAGAGCGUUGGUUCGAUCUUGUAAUAGUACUACGUACAGAUACUCAAUCAUUAUAUGAACGUCUAGUCAAGAGGAACUAUAAUGAUAAGAAGAUAGAGAAUAAUAUAGAUUGUGAGAUUAUGCAGAUGAUAUUGGAGGAGGCAAUGUCAUCGUACAAGCCAGAGAUUGUAAUGGAGAUGCAGUCCAACUCAAUCGAGGACAAUGAGAAUAAUCAAAAAGUCAUUGGCGAGUGGAUACAAGCUUGG